AUCAGUUGUGACGUUCCUAAAUCAUCAAAUUCGUAAUAACAACGAUUAUGGUUAUUGUUGUUGUAUUACCAAUAAAUUGAGUUCUAACACGAAUGUGUAUUUGUGAAAUUAUCAGUAAUGUUUCGUUUUGUUUCGAAUAAAAGGCUUUUACUUUGUGACGGAGAGUGUUAUAGGUCUCUAUCUAUGGUGACGGACGGUUAUUUGGUGUGUACCUCCUUUUAAAGAAUGUUGCCCGAACAGAAGACCCAAGAUUUCCAUACAACACAUAAACAUUUGUUUGAAAAUGACAAAAAGAAAUUAUCACAUGUUCUCAUGGAAAGAUUCAAGAACUACAUAGUGCUAUUUCUAGAGUCGUCUUCUAUACAUGGUUUGAAUCAUUUCGUCAAUGUUGGCAGACAUCCCUGUGAAGUUGUUCUCUGGGUCACAAUGGUGUCAUUAUCACUGUACGUCACUGUCUACAUCUCGUGGACGACCUGGGUGCGCUACCAGUCCUCGCCGACCGUCAUCUCCAUGGACCGAGACAUGUUCGCGUGGAACACCACGUUCCCCUGCGUCACCAUCUGUCCUGAUGAGAAGAUCGAUCCUGAGAAAUUGGAACAAUUCUUGAGUUCCUCCGAGGAAGUAGACAAAGAGAAACUCAAAGCAUUCAUCACGGCAUUGGCGAAUGCUACUUUCGAGAACUUCGACACAGUACCGGAGUACGAGGGCAUAGAACCGCAGCAUUAUCUGGAAACGCUACUGAGUUUGACGCCCGCCUUCAAUCCUACUCUUACGAUCGGAGCGGCUGGGGUGUAUCUGCAGACCGUGCCCACUGUCACUGAGAUGGGGCUGUGUUAUGCUGUCAAUUCAAAGGUUGCGGUGUAUAAUUCUCCAGACUACAGGAGAGCAAACAAAUGGGACAUCAUUGAAACUAAGAACUCAUCAUUUUUUGUGCAUCCUCUAGAUGGAGAAGUUUUUGCCCAAGUUUUGAAUAUCACCUCGUAUAAUGCUUACGUCCACGGUCCUCUCGAGGUCCCCGACAUUUCGGCGAAGUAUCACCAUUCAGCAUCGUUCUUCUACAUGAAAAUUUACAUCACCGCUACUACUGUUUACACUUCUCCAGAAGCCGCUAAGUUGAGCGUGGGUCAACGCAGCUGUCGCUUCAAGCACGAGAACAACCUGCAGCACAACUCCGUGUACACAUACACCAUGUGCCGCAUGGAGUGCAGGGUCCAGCUGUGCCUGCACUACUGCCAGUGCGUCCCCUACUUCUACAGGAGGAUUGGCGAUGAAAACAUAUGCGACGUCAAAGGAUUGCAUUGCUUAGUUCAACAUAAAGAUGUCCUUAUAGAUUUGAAACACAAGGGAGGCAAGAAAGUUGACUGUGAAUGUUAUCCGAUAUGUGACGAUGUCAAAUACACUAUACAGUCAUUUGCUUUGGAGCAAUGGAUCUUGGGCACAAACUUUCAAUGGGGCAUCGUCACGUAUCCAAGAAUGAGAUACAGACGAGACAUCAUCUUCGGAUUUACUGAUGUCUUAGUGGCAGUCGGUGGGAUGGCAGGCCUGUUCCUUGGUUGCAGUGUCCUCAGCUUCAUGGAGAUCGUGUAUUUUAUGACUUUGCGAUUAAUUUGCUACACGAAGAACACUAUAGAGAAAUAG